AUGGAAUGGUUUUUGUUUGCUUUACUAUUCUAUCAGAUCUCAUUUCUAUGUUCGCAAUCACUACCUCUACUCUUACUCGUUUCAUUCGAUGGUUUUCGUUGGGAUUACCCGAAAAUACAUGGACCGUUAACGAACUUCGCGAGACUCGAACGACAUGGGGUGCGCGCACCCAGCAUGAUUCCAACAUUCACAACAUCAACAUUUCCUAAUCAUUAUUCGUUAAUUACCGGUUUGUAUGAAGAAAGUCAUGGACUUGUUUCUGAUGAAAUCUAUGACCGAAGAUCGAAUGAAAUAUUUCGAUCGUGGGAAAGUAAUUCGAGUCAAUGGUGGCCAAUCAAAACAAUUUGGUCGAUUAAUGAACAAAGACUCGGAGCACGAUCUGGUGUAAUUGGAUGGCCACAGAAGUUCAUUGAUGUAUCGAAAUCUGAAGUAUACAGAGAGGGACGUUCGUUCAAGGACAUUGUCGAUCAAAUUCUUCGAUGGUUUGAUGAUUCCAACGAGCCAAUCAAUUUUGGAGCAAUCUAUUUUCCUGAGCCAGAUCUUACAGGUCGUCGAAAUGGACCUUAUUCGCUGGAAACGAAACAAAAAGUAAAAGAAUGUGACGACAAUCUCGGUUAUCUUCUCAAUGAAAUCGACAAAAACGUUAAAUUAAAGAACAAUCUGCAUCUCAUUGUUACAUCAGAUCAUGGUAUGGAACAAGUCAAUGCAACAGAUAGACCAAUGUAUCUUGAACAAUACGUUGACAUGACAAAAUGCAAAGCAUUUGGAACAGAAACUACUCUGAACAUCUUUGUCAACAAUCCAAACGACAUCGAUGCAAUCUAUCGAAAUUUGAGUAAAAUUCCAAAUUCCAAUACGUACAAGAAAGACCAACUUCCUGACCAAUAUCAUUACAAAACCCAUCCACAUAUUGGUGAUCUGAUCAUCAUCCUGAAUCCGGGUUAUGAACUCCAUCGACUUUCAUUCGAUGAUGGCAACACGGUGAAUCUAAGUCGUAUUCACGGAAAUUCUGGAUAUGACAAUCAACUCGAGUCGAUGAAAACGAUCUUCUAUGCGACUGGACCUGAACUAAAAGAAAAUUUUACACUAUCAAAUUCGGACUCAUUACAUAGUGUUGAUCUUUUUGUACUGAUGUGUUUGAUAUUAAAUAUCGGCAAAUGUCCAUCGUCGAAUAGUUCAGCCACGCAUAUACAAUCGUUUCUUAUCGAUUCAAGUAAAGUUGCAAGUAUUAUUGGAAAAGAAACAGAGAAGUUGCAUGAUGGACCGAUGGGUUUAGUUCUUUAUCUACUUGUAUUAGUUAGUUUUGUUUUAAUUCUUAUUAUGGCUGUGGCAUGGUCAACGGUUGCCUUUCGCAAUGCUUCGGCAAUGGCGCGGGCAGCCCAUCCAGAUGCAGCUACACUUGCUGAACAAAAUCAAUACAAAUUCACUCAAAUCAAUGAUCUCAAAUUGCAUCCAGCUAUCGGAGAUGAUAAUCUAUGA